GAUGUAGCAUGUGCUUGGGUUCAGCCCUUUAGGUUUGAUGAGAGAGAUAAGAGAAGUCAAUAAAAAGGAGUGAUGUUCCUUCCAUCAUCAGUAGCCUCAUCUCACGGAUCUUGCCUCUCUCUGUCUGUGUUCCUCUUCCUCCCACUUUUAUUAUAUUAUAUAAAAGCCCUAGAGAGAAUACAUUCAUUGCAAAGAUAAGGUAAGCAGCAUAUUCAAAGACCUUUUCUUGUGUCAACUACCAAUUCAGUUAAACCCAAAUGGCUUCUUGGAAGAAAACCAUCACAACACCAUUCAAAAAAGCUUGUACUUUCUUUAACCAGCAACCACCAAGGGAUCUUAAGAAGUCUCAAACAGAGCAAGAGAGGCGUGUAAUGGAUCUACAUGGUGAAGUGAUGGCAUGUGGAUAUGAAGAUGUUCAAGUUAUGUGGUCAAUUCUGGAUAGGUCCAAAGCCACAUCAACAGACUGUAACAUAACUUCUUCAACAUGAAUUUUAACCAAUUCCAUCCACAAACAAAAAUUAGCGAAUGUUUUUUAUAUGCUAAUUAAUGUUAAAUUCAUAUAUAGUUAAUGGCUGCUCAUAGCUUUUGAAUCUGUAAUGGAAAUUAAGAUAUUGAUGUGUAGUACAAGUUUGAAUGAGUGCCCCUUUUUCUUUGACCAAGAAUUAAGGUGGCGGUUUUAGUUUGUAACUUGUUGGGAAUCCCUGUGAUUUAUGAAACAAAAUCAUGGUGAGAUUUUUAUUGAAAGGUAUAUUCUUUUGGCUUUCA